UAUACACCACACAUUUCUCUUGACCAUUCCACACAUUUGUGUUGACUGCUAUCUUAUAUUCAAACUGUGCAUUAUUGAUGUUCUAGAUCUGAAGCCAACACCUACCAGCUCUACUACUAGCAAAGAUGCAAGAGAUGUCAUUCUUCAACAAAUAUGAUAAGGUGCAGCAGCUUCAUAGCGAAAGAACUGAGUGGACCUUGCGUGUUCGAGCUCAGGCUAUCUGGAAAAUUGUAAACAGAGUAACCCAAGAAUUCCGAGGCUUAAAUGUUAUCUUCGUGGAUGAUUCAAACUGGAGGAUUCAUGCUUUUGUCAGUUCAAAAAUCUGUGUUUUCUUUGAUGAUAUUCUAAAAGAAGGGCUCAUCUACACUCUGUCAAACUUCCAUGUAAGAGACUACGGGAAUGAGGAUAAUAAUAGAGCUGUGAGAUUUGGAAAACACAUUUAUUUUGCAAAUCACACACAGUUGAUUCCAGAGGCUGAAAAUAUAACCAAUAUUGCACCCUACGCUUUUGAUUUGUUUGCACUAAACGAGGCCAGAAGUUUGCUUGCUGAUAUUCGGUUCUUAUUUGAUACUGUUGGUAUACUAGAAGACAAGAACAUCCAACCUGUUCAGUCCAAAGAGGAUGAGAAGAAAAUUCAUAUUCGAUUUAAGAUUUCUGAUGGCAGGUCAUCCAUGAAUGUCACCUUCUUUGGUGAUCUGGCUGUUGAAUUUGCAAACUCUGUCAAAGCAAUAAAAGAUGAUACCAUUACAGUAAUAAUUGCAAGUGCAAAAGUGAAUGAGUACGAAGGAAUAAUAUGCUUGAACAAUUAUCCUGCGACGAGGUUCUAUCUUAACGCAAAACAUCCCAGUGUCAAAAAACUAAAACUGAGGAUGUCUGAUCCUGCCUACUGUGCCAAUAAUCUUGAGCCUUUGCCGGAGCAAACUCCACCACUAUUCUCAGUUGAAGAUAUCAAAAAACUACCAAAAGAAUUUAUCGAGAAAAAAGUGAGGUGCCAAAUUACUGUGAAGAAGGUUGAUGAAAAGAGCAACUGGUAUGACAAUGUUUGUACUACAUGUCAAGCUGAGGUAACCACCGUCGAGGGAAGGUAUCGAUGCAUCAUUUGUUCAAGGAAUGUACCUUUUCUAGAUAAAAGGUUCAGGAUUGCUACACUCUGCAAUGAUACCACUGGCCUCAUUGCCAUAAUCUUCCCUGAUGACGAAAUUCAACGAAUCAUAGGAAAGAAUGCUUUUGAAGUGGAGGAUGAACUGGGGGAUGAGAAUAAAUUUCCCUCUUGCUCAAAAUUUUUGAGAAGAAGGACUACGUGAUCACUUUAACUAUAAAUGAGAGGAAUGUUAACAAAACCAUCAACAUAUACAGAGCUACAGAUAUAUCUGAUCUCAUUGAAGUGUUAGGGAAUCAUAGUCCCCCAAACUUGGCUGCUGUUAGUCUAACCAAGGAACCGUUGGUGACCCCUGCAAAGCCUCCAGUCCAUAAUCCCGCAAAGGCACCCAUUGUCGAGAACACGAACAAUGCCACUGCCACUAUAUUCAAUGCAGCAUUGCCACAGAGACCAGCCCACCUACAGCAAACUCAACCAACAAAGCGAGGAACCGAGUGAAGAAGAAUGAUGUUCGAUAUGAAAUGGAGGAUGAUGUCCCACUUGGCAAAUUCAAAAUCCUGAAAAAAAACAAGGUUUGAUUGUGUUGCUGUAUUUCAAUGGUGGAAUUGUGGAACUUGAUUUUCUUUUGGUAGUUGGCAAUUCUUCUUUUGGAAACUAUCUUUUGCUGGGCUGUCCUUUUUCUAUUUUGUUGGUCAAUGGAGAUGCUUUGGAAGAUUUACAUUCCCUUUUGAUGAAACAGUGCCACAGAACUCAUUAAUGUAGAUGCAUUCUGGUGACAUUAUUAAGAUACUGCUGACAGUAUUAAGUUGUAAUAUUCCUUUCUUGGCAAUUACUGUCAGGGCUCUUGCUGCUGUGUUGUAGCUAUCAUAAACGCUGUUUUUGAAAAACAAACUUGGUUGGUAUGAACUCAGUAAAAGCAAAUGUUUUCUUUAUUUUUUUA